AUGAGUGCCAAUUCGAAUUUCGACAUUGUGUCGACAUACCGGCGCAUUCUCAAUGAUGAUCCGGAGCUUACUAUGCCCGUUGCGGCCAUCGAAGCCCUCGUUGAGGCCAUCGCACAGAGCUCGGUAUCAACCGUCGCCGAAACCCUCGAUCUUCUCGAGCGCCACACUGCCGCGCUGAAGGCUUCGAUCGCAAACCCCAUAUCGCUCUCUGCCGGCACAGAUCUCUUCCAACGUUAUCUCAUUACCACACUCAACCGCCCGGCAAGCCUGAAUCUUGGCCCUGACGACGAUUUCCGUGCGAUUCGAAACCACCUACUGUCAAAUGGCAAGCUGUUCGUAGAGCGAGCUAAGCAGAGUCGAGAGAACAUCGCUAGCUUUGGCAAACACUUCAUCCGUGAUGGGGCUACCGUGCUCACAAACGGUGGAUCGCGUGUUGUGGGUGCACUGCUGAGGAGGGCAGCUGAGUCAAGCACAAUCCGCUUUAGGGUUGUCUACGUGGUGCCAUCAUCACGCUCGUCUGAUGAGAAUGAAGGGGAUCAGACCGUAUCCGACCUGCGCGCGCACAAUGUGCCUGUAGCCACCAUCUCGGAUUCCGCAGUCGCGUACUCGUUGGGCAAGGUGGACAUGGUCAUUGUGGGCGCAGAAGGCGUUGUCGAGAACGGUGGCAUCAUCUCACGUAUGGGAACAUAUCAGAUGGGUUUAUUGGCCAAGAGCAAGGGCAAGCCAUUCUACGUGGUCGCCGAAAGCCACAAAUUCGUUAGGCUGUAUCCACUUAGCCAGUUCGAUUUACCCAUCGAGCAGAAGGUGCUCGACUUCAAGGUCACGGACGAUCCCAAGGUCAGCAAGUCAGGUGCAAAGGACACAGUAGAUGAAGGCAUUGCAGACAUGACUCUGAAGCACACCUCGACAGGUCUCAAUGCACAGGAUGCUGUUGAUUUCACACCACCUGACCUGAUCUCUGGAAUCAUCACAGAGUCUGGCGUGCUGACACCAUCGGCAGUGUCUGAGGAGUUGAUCAAAAUUUGGUUCUGA